UGCGUCACGUGAGUGAAGCCGGUGCCAGGAGUGGGCGUGAAGGGCGGAAGUGGGGGGUACUGGGCCCGGCGGCAUGGAGGGGACCCUGGAGCAGCACCUGGAGGACACCAUGAAGAGCCCGGCCGUGGUAGGCGUCCUGUGCACUGACUCGCAGGGGCUCAACUUGGGCUGUAGAGGAACCCUCUCGGAUGAACAUGCAGGGGUCAUCUCUGUCCUGGCCCAGCAGGCAGCCAAGCUCACGUCUGACCCAACGGAUACCCCCGUGGUGUGCCUGGAGUCAGACAGCGGGAAUAUCAUGAUCCAGAAGCAUGACAGCAUCACUGUAGCGGUGCACAAGCUGGCAUCUUGACCCUCAGGAACCUGCCCAGUGCUCUGCUUCCACUUCCAGCCCAGCUCCUUCUCACUGAACAACCUCUCUCCCUCCACAGUGCAGAAUGUACUUGUAGCACAAAUCUGAGCUGAAGACUCUCUCCCUCUCUACUUAUCAGCCCCUCUGCAGCUUUCGGGGGUCUCCAACUCACAUUUUAGCACUUGUGUUGCUGAGAAUGAAACGUGGGUCACUCCCCAAGCUCAUGUAAUGAUCAGAUACUACAAGGUGUAUGUGUGUUUAUGUGUGGCUUUAUUGUUGGAGAAAUCAAUAAAUGACCUGCAAAAAGA